CCCCUUUUUAAUUUAUUUUUAUUUUUAUUUAUUUUGAGAUGGAGUUUCGCUCUUGUUGCCCAGGCUGGAGUGCAAUGGCUUGAUCUCAGCUCACUGCAGCCUCCACCUCCGCCUCCUGGGUUCCAGUGAUUCUCCCGUCUCAGCCUCCCAAGUAGCUGGGAUUACAAGCAUGUGCCACCAUGCCCAGCUAAUUUUGUAUUUUUAGUAGAGACUGGGUUUCUCCAUGUUGGUCAGGCUGGUCUCGAACUCCUGACCUCAGGUGAUGUGCCUGCCUAGGCCUCCCAGAGUGUUGGGAUUACAGGCGUGAGCCACCGCAUCUGGCUUGUCUUUUUAAAAUACAGACUGUGUUUCACCAUGUUGACCAGGCUGGUCUCUAAGUCCUGAGCUCAAGCAGUCUACCUGCCUCAGCCUCCCAGCGUGCUGUGAUUACAGGUGUGAGCCGCCGCACCUGGCCCAGUUUGAAUUUAUCAUCAUGGGGAGAAUUGAAUCUGAAUAUUUUGAGUUGUAUAUUAGCAUUAUUUAAGACGUAGGUUAAAGUUGCUGUAACAGAUUCAAAUACGGUGUUUCAAAUAAGAAACUUGAGUUGUCUUAUUCUCUCUUAAAGGUAGGGUUGGCCUCCAGGGACUCUGGCUGCCCUGCCUCAUCAGCACUGUGGGGAGGGGAGAGAGUGGACAGCACGCACACAUCACUUCCCUUCUCGCCUCAUCUUGGUCACAAACUCACCUAACUUAAGGGGACACUAGGAAAUGUCAUUUAUGGGGCAGUCAUUAGUAAUUUGAUGGGGUUUCUAACACUUAAAGGAAGAAGGAAACAGGAAUGCUGGGGAACCACAUUGGCUACCCAAGUGUCCAGUGGACCUUUCAUCCCACACAUGGGGGUGUGCCAGUGUGGGUCCAGACCACUGCAAUAAAGUGAAUAGCAAAACAAAGCAAGUCACAGAAACUUCUUAGCUUCCCGGUGUAUAUAAAAGUUACGUUUAGGUAUGCUGUGGUUACUAUUCAGUAUGCAAUAGCAUUAUGUCUAAAAAUGUAAAUAAUUUAAAGAUACUUUAUUGCUAAAAGAUGAUCAUCUGAGCCUUAAGUUGUAAUCAUUUUGCUGGUGGAGGGUCUUGCCUUUCUUGAUGGCUGCUGACUGAUCAGGGUGAUGGUUGCUGAAGGUUGGUGUGACUGGCAGUUUCUUAAAAUGGGACGAUGAAGUUUGUCACAUCAGUGGAGUCUUGCUUUCACAAAAGAUUUCUCUGUAGCAUGCAAAGCUGUUCGCUAGUAUUUUACCCAAGUAGAACUUCUUUCAAAAUUAGAGUCAAGCCUCUCAAACCCUGCCUGUGUUUUAUCAACUAAGUUUAUGGAAUCUUCAAAAUCCUUUGUUGUCAUUUCAACAGUGUUCACGGCAUCUUCACCAGGAGCAGAUUCCAUGUCAAGAAACGUACUUGUUUUCCUCAUCUCUAAGAAGCAACACCUCAGCCGGGCACGGUGGCUCAUGCCUGUAAUCCCAGCACUUUGGGAGGCUGAGGCAGGUGGAUCACCUGAGGUCAGGAGUUUGAGACCAGCCUGGCCAACAUAGCCAAAUCCCGUCUCUACUAAAAAUACAAAAAUUAGCUGGGCGUGGUGGCGCACUCCUGUAAUCCCAGCUACUCAGGAGGCUGAGGCAGGAGAAUUGCUUGAACCCGGGAGGUGGAGGUUGCAGUGAGCCGAGAUUGCACCACUCCACUCUGCCUGGGGAACGAGAGUGAAACUCUGUCUUAAAAAAAAAAAAAGCAGCAGCACCUCAUCCAUUCAAGUUUGAUCACGAGAUUGAAGCAAUUCAGUGACAUCUUUAGGCUACACUUCUAAAUCUAGCUCUCUUGCUAUUUUCACCACAUCUGCAGUUGCUUCCUCCACUGAAGUCUCAAACCCCUCAAAGAUUCAUGAGGGCUGGAAUCAGGUUUUUCCAAAAUACCAAAUGUUGAUGUUUUGACCUCCUCCCACGAAUCGUGAAUGUUCUUCGUGGCAUCUAUAAUGAUGACUCCUUUCCAGAAGGUUUUCGGCUGACUUUGCCCAGAUCCAUCAGAGGAAUCAUUAUGGCACGUACAGCCUUGUGAAACAUAUUUCUUAAUAAGACUUGAAAGUUGGAGUGACUCCCAGCCAGGGGCUGCAGAAUGCAUGUUGUGUUGGCAAAAGAAGAACAUCAGUCUCCCUGUUCAUCUCCAUCAGAGCUCUUGGGUGACCAGGAGCAUUGUCAAUUCUAAUGUAGGAACUGGUGAGAAGGAGGUGACUGAAGCCUGGAUUUCUGAGGAUGAAAACUCACGUAGGACGACGUCAGACAGACUCACGGUGAUGGAGCUCCCCUCUCCCGAGUCUGAGGAAGUCCACGAGCCCAGAUUAGGGGAGCUCUUGGGAAAUCCAGAAGGUCAGAGCCUGGGGAGUUCCCCCUCUCAGGACAGGGGCUGCAAGCAGGUGACAGUGACCCAUUGGAAGAUCCAGACAGGAGAGACAGCUCAAGUGUGCACCAAGUCAGGAAGAAACCGUAUUCUGAACUCAGACCUUCUUCUGCUUCAGAGAGAGCUCAUAGAGGGGGAAGCCAAUCCUUGCGAUAUCUGUGGCAAAACCUUCACGUUUAAUUCAGACCUAGUUAGGCAUCGGAUUUCGCAUGCUGGGGAGAAACCUUACACGUGCGAUCAGUGUGGGAAAGGCUUUGGCCAGAGCUCACACCUUAUGGAGCAUCAGAGAAUUCACACUGGAGAGAGACUCUACGUCUGUAAUGUGUGUGGGAAAGACUUCAUUCACUAUUCAGGUCUCAUUGAGCAUCAGCGCGUUCAUUCAGGAGAAAAGCCCUUCAAAUGUGCGCAGUGUGGGAAGGCGUUUUGUCACAGUUCAGACCUGAUUAGGCACCAGAGAGUUCACACCAGAGAGAGACCUUUUGAAUGCAAAGAGUGUGGGAAAGGCUUCAGUCAGAGCUCCUUACUUAUUCGCCAUCAGAGGAUUCACACGGGAGAAAGGCCCUAUGAGUGCAAUGAAUGUGGGAAAUCCUUCAUAAGGAGCUCGAGCCUCAUUCGCCAUUAUCAGAUCCACACAGAAGUGAAACAGUAUGAAUGCAAAGAAUGUGGGAAGGCAUUCCGUCACCGCUCAGACCUUAUUGAACACCAGAGAAUUCACACUGGAGAGAGACCCUUUGAAUGCAAUGAGUGUGGGAAAGCCUUUAUUCGGAGUUCAAAGCUCAUUCAGCAUCAGAGGAUCCAUACUGGGGAGAGGCCUUACGUAUGCAAUGAGUGUGGAAAGCGCUUCAGCCAGACGUCAAACUUCACCCAGCAUCAGAGAAUUCACACUGGAGAGAAACUCUAUGAAUGUAACGAGUGUGGGAAAGCUUUCUUUCUGAGUUCAUACCUUAUUCGACACCAGAAAAUCCACACUGGAGAGAGAGUGUAUGAAUGUAAGGAAUGUGGGAAAGCGUUUCUCCAGAAAGCCCAUCUCACUGAGCACCAGAAGAUCCACUCUGGGGACAGGCCCUUCGAAUGUAAAGACUGUGGGAAAGCCUUCAUCCAGAGCUCCAAGCUGCUUCUGCACCAGAUUAUUCACACUGGAGAAAAGCCCUAUGUGUGCAGUUAUUGUGGGAAAGGCUUUAUUCAGAGGUCAAACUUCCUUCAACACCAGAAAAUUCAUACUGAAGAGAAGCUCUAUGAAUGUAGUCAGUAUGGGAGAGAUUUUAACUCAACUACAAACUUUAAAAAUAAUCAAAGUGUUCACCAAGAGGGACUCUCCUUGAGUAAGGCCCCCAUACAUUUGGGUGAGAGGUCUGUAGAUAAGGGGGAACACACAGGUAACUUAUAAAAUAAUUAUUCUCCCGCCCAGUGAGUGAUGUUUGGAAAUGCGUGGAAUUAGGAUUCAUGUGGUUUCUAAGAUUUGGACAUGUCAGAAUUUUGUGAGUCAUGGAUGGGGCUGCUUUUGCAGUGGGUGCCACCUGCCACUGUGCAGCCCUACUCGGCUCAGCCCUUCUCCUCAGCUGUGAGCACUGUCCUCAGGAGAGUCACAGGGCUUGACACCUGACUCUGAGCUGGAACAGUAGGGGCAGGGAGAAGACAGGUCUCAAGAAAAGGUUUUUAAGAAGUUUCAUCCCCAGUUAAGCAGAGUCCAUCCUUGACUUAAAUCCCUUAUUACAGCAGAACUGUGUAUCUAAUCUUACGACUUAGGAGAAUGUUACCUAGGACAUUUUGAUGUGUUAAGUUGAAGAAAGGUAACUCGUGUAUGAACCCCGAGCCAUUUCCCUGUUGUCCUGAGGAGGAACUCCAGGCCUCCCAUCGUGUGCCCUAAGGCCUCCUGCGUCCUGGAGCCCUGCCUCCCACUGCCUGACUUCCUGCCACACGGUUAAUGCUGCAGCAACACUGACUGCUUCAUCUUCCCUGUGCUCCACGUGGCUUCCUACCUCUCUCGCCUUUGUUCUUGUUGAAGGGUCUCUUCUCAGCUAAUUAACUCUGAAUCAUGGUUCAAGACAUGCCUCAGGCAUCAUGUCAAUGGGUGUUUCCCUCAGGCUUAGUUGGCAGCACUCUCCACACUUCUGUGGCUCAGUGAUUACUGCUAUUACUAUAUUUACUUGCAUAUGUCAGAAUGACAUGAUAGACUAUCUCUGUCACUAUGCUGUUGGGUUCCUGAGGACAGUGAUCAUAUCUGAUUGAUUUCCAUGUGUCCACUGUCUAGCACAGGGCAAUAAAAAAUACACCCCUAAA